AUGUCUUCGACUAACUGCGAAUCAUCCAGAAAACGUAAACAUGUGGAAGUCCAAGUUCAAGUCCUCAAAGGUAAGGAGGGAUCUUCAAGUUUAGGAUGUAUUCUUCAAUUUUUAGACGAUCUCGAUUGUAUUUCUGAGCUUUUUCAGUGAACACACUGAGAUCAUUUUGAAUUUUAUUAUCUUACACUCUUUCAGAAAGGGUGAACAGACAUCCAGAAGCAUCCAACGAAUACUUUGGGAACCCCAAGCUCAGCGACUUCCGAAUCCAGGCUGGUGACAAAACCUUUCAUGUAAGUGGGGAUUAUUUGUGAAAUUUGGCUAUUUUAGGUAGUAAAGUACGUCUUGGCUCUGAAGUCAAAGGUUUUUGCAAGAAUGCUGUUGGUUGAUAUGAAAGAGACGACAGAAAAUUUCAUGACGCUUGAUGAAGAUCCAGAGGUAGUGGAGGCCAUGCUCAAGUUCCUUUAUAUGAACACGAAGGUCAAAGGAAACGAAUUGGCGAGAAAAGUAGUUCAACUGGCUCAUCGCUACGAAAUCAGUGAACUCAAGGUGAAUAUUGCGUUAGUUUGUCUAAUCAAAUACACUGUUGGGCAUAAUGAUAUGCCCACCGCAAUUUUGCGCUGGCAAUUUGUCCAUGGCAAAUGAAUUGUUUUAAUAUUUGGUGAAAGUGAGUAUGGGGCAAUGUAACAUGUACCCAAGAAGUAUCAAAGGAUUUCAAAAAGUGCAAGGUGAGUAAAAUUUGGAAAAACGCGAAACCGCCAAAAAUCGGCGGCUGGGCAAGGUGAUAUGACCACGUGGUUUAAUUCAAUUUAAAUGACGUUUUUAUCAUGUGAUUUAGACGCGUAAUCACCUGUAUAAGCCUUCGCUUUUCGCACGAACUCCAUGGUGGUCUGGUAGUGUGGAUUCAGCAGACAUCCGGUUGCCGUGUCCAUUGCUUUGGCCGACACAUUUGCUAUUUGACCCAAGGGAUAGAUGUGGUCCUUAGGUUUAUGAUGUAACCCGGAAGCUCCUAGAAACCUGAGAAACCAAGAAAAGACCCUGUUGACACGAUCUCAGCUUUGCAGAUACAGCUGCACUGAUCGGCCCCUUAACCAGAAAAACCAAGUUUUUCAAAGGGAUCGUUAGCGACAAAAAACAGUUCAUUUGAUGGCCCAGGAUGCAUGAGGUGUGCUGUAGCUUCUUAAAUUACAUAGGCCAUCGAAUGAAAGCCGUUUUGCAUCGCUCAAAAUCCAUUUGAAAAACUCGGGUUUUCUGGUUAAGGUUAAGGUCGGCGAAGUUGCAUCCGGAAAGCUGGGAUCGUGUCAACGGGGACUUUUCUUGGCUUUCUCUGGGUUACAUCAUAAACCUAAGGACAUCGCUUGGGUCAAAUAGCAAAUUUUUCGCCAAAGGUGGACAUGGCAACCGGAUGUCACCUGAAUCGACACUACCAGUCCACCAUGGAGUUCGCGCGAAAAGCGACGGCUUAUACAGGUGAUUACACGUCUAAAUCACAUGAUAAAAAUGUCAUUUAAAACGCGUUUUACUACAAAUCGUAGAUUGGCCCGGACAUUGUUGAGUCGAUGUCUCAGAAUUCAACCAAAAUUGGUUAAGCGAAUCACCAAUCGGUAUGGAGCAAUCGCUUGAUUUUUUUUUGCCCAUAGUCGUUAUAUGGUGGAUUACUGUAACUUUCUUUCUGAGAAAAGAGUUGCCUUUUCUGCAGAUAUGGUGCGGUAUUUUAGUGAGACCUAACCACCACUUUAUGUUUUCGAGCAUGUAGAACAUUUUUGUAAUUAUGGCCAAAAGCUCAGAAUUACAUCUAAGCAAUGUUUCGCCUGCGGUAACAUACCAUUUCGGGCAUAAAAUUGGCUACUGUAACCAGAUGCACUUUUAAAUACGGUAAAAAGAAACUUCAACCUUCAUCCAACAACCCAUAAAAAUUUCAAAAAAAUCAAAUGUACAACUUUUGAGAAAAUGGGCAUUCAAUAUCUCAUGUACAAGGUCAUCUGGGCCCGAAAAAAUCUGGCAUUCUUGGGAUUCCAACGGGAUGCACUUUUUCAAAGUUUCUAAUACAUUCUGAGGCUGAUUAAAGAUGAGAUGGCAAGUUUCAGGAGAAAAAAUAUACAACUUUCGAGAAAUUGACCAAAAUACCUUAUUUUAGGUCAUCAGAACGCCCAAAAAGUCUGGCAUUCUUGGGAUUCCAACGGGAUGCACUUUUUCAAAGUUUCUAAUACAUUCUGAGGCUGAUUAAAGAUGAUAUGGCAAGUUUCAGGAGAAAAAAUAUACAACUUUUGAGAAAUUGACCAAAAUACCUUAUUUUAGGUCAUCAGAACGCCGAAAAAGUCUGGCAUUCUUAGGUUUUCAACGGGAUGCACUUUUUCAGAGUUUCUAAUACAUUCUGAGGCUGAAUAAAGAUGAUACGGCAAGUUUCAGGAGAAAAAAUAUACAACUUUUGAGAAAUUGACCAAAAUACCUUAUUUUAGGUCAUCAGAACGCCGAAAAAGUCUGGCAUUCUUGGGAUUCCAACGGGAUGCACUUUUUCAGAGUUUCUAAUACAUUCUGAGGCUGAAUAAAGAUGAUACGGCAAGUUUCAGGAGAAAAAAUAUACAACUUUUGAGAAAUUGACCAAAAUACCUUAUUUUAGGUCAUCAGAACGCCGAAAAAGUCUGGCAUUCUUGGGAUUCCAACGGGAUGCACUUUUUCAGAGUUUCUAAUACAUUCUGAGGCUGAAUAAUGAUGAUAUGGCAAGUUUCAGGAGGAAAAAAUAUACAACUUUCGAGAAAUUGACCAAAAUACCUUAUUUUAUGUCAUCAGAACGCCGAAAAAGUCUGUCAUUCUUAGGAUUCCAACGGGAUGCACUUUUUCAGAGUUUCUAAUACAUUCUGAGGCUGAUUAAAGAUUAGAGGCUAUCAAAAAGUGCUACAACCUCAAAUCCCAAGAAUGCCAGUUUUUUCGGGGUUCUGAUGACCUAAAAUAAGGUCUUUUGGUCAUUUUCUCGAAAGUUGUGCAUUUUUUUUGCCUGAAAUUUUCAUAAUCAUCGUUUACAAGGCUAAUAAUGUAUUAGAGGCUAUCAAAAAGUGCUACAACCUGGAAUCCCAAGAAUGCCACACUUUUUCGGCGUUCUGAUGACCCUAAAAUAAGGUAUUUUGGUCAAUUUCUCAAAAGUUGUAUAUUUUUUUCUCCUGAAACUUGCCGUAUCAUCUUUAUUCAGCCUCAGAAUGUAUUAGAAACUUUGAAAAAGUGCAUCCCGUUGGAAUCCCAAGAAUGCCAGACUUUUUCGGCGUUCUGAUGACCUAAAAUAAGGUAUUUUGGUCAAUUUCUCAAAAGUUGUAUAUUUUUUUCUCCUGAAACUUGCCAUAUCAUCUUUAAUCAGCCUCAGAAUGUAUUAGAAACUUUGAAAAAGUGCAUCCCGUUGGAAUCCCAAGAAUGCCAGACUUUUUCGGCGUUCUGAUGACCUAAAAUAAGGUAUUUUGGUCAAUUUCUCGAAAGUUGUAUAUUUUUUUCUCCUGAAACUUGCCAUCUCAUCUUUAAUCAGCCUUAGAAUGUAUUAGAAACUUUGAAAAAGUGCAUGCCGUUGGAAUCCCAAGAAUGCCAGAUUUUUUCGGGCCCAGAUGACCUUGUACAUGAGAUAUUGAAUGCCCAUUUUCUCAAAAAGUUGUAUAUUUGAUUUUUUUGAAAUUUUUAUGGGUUAUUGGAUGAAGGUCGAAGUUUCUUUUUACCGUAUUUAAAAGUGCAUCUGGUUACAGUAGCCAAUUUUAUGCCCGAAAUGGUAUGUUGCCGCAGGCGAAACAUUGCUUAGAUGUAAUUUUGAGCUUUUGGCCAUAAUUACAAAAAUAUUCUUAGUUGUCGAAAACAUACACCUGAACUCGAUUUGUGCUAAAAUAGAGCUUCGUUUUCUUGAUUAGGCCAUAUCUUUUUUUAAAAAAAUGUUACAGUAUGCCGUCAUACGGUAAUUUUGGGCAAAAAGAAAGAAAGCGAAUGUUUUACCUGCCAUGGUGAUCAAGUUGACCGAUUUUGGUUAAAUUCUGAGAUAACGAUUAUAACAAUGUCCGCCCUCUGUUAGGCUAAACUCCAAAGUGUGGCAAAACGCGUUUUAAAACUUUUGGAAAGCGUUAGUGGAAGAUGAUCACCAGUUUGGGUAGCUCUGCAUCAAACGUGGUUUAACGCGUUCAAAUCCGUCUAAAACUGGCCGACAGUGCCCCCAUGCCAGUCCUAGUAAUGAGUGGUGGACUCACUCAUUAUUAGGGUUGUUUGUUAAAUUGUGUUUAUUAGUAAAAGAUUGAACUAAACCACGUGGUCAUAUCAUCUUGUCCAGCCGCCGAUUUUUGGCGGUUUCGCGUUUUUCCAAAUUUUACUCACCUUGCACUUUUUGAAAUCCUUUGAUACUUUUUGUGUACAUGUUACAUUGCUCCAUACUCACUUUCACCAAAUAUUAAAAAAUUCAUUUACCAUGCACAUCAUUCCGAACUUUUUUUGUGAGCGAAAUCCGGUGUCAAAAAAGCAAAUUUUUUUGUAAUGAUUUUUUUAAGAGCUAGAGGCACCUCAAACAUGGCGUAAUAAAGUGCGGAAAAAUAUCAGAGCGAUAAAACACAUGUCACUCUCUGAGAUUAUGCAACUUUUAAUGAUUUUAACGGCUUACAAAGGCCGGGAAAAAUGAUCUAAAAACUGGUAUUUCUUACUUUUGAUGCCUCAGAACUGCACUUUACCGUACACUUUUGAAAAAACGAAAGUUCCUAUUUUGUAGGAAAUUUGAUGCUGUAUAACAUAGUUGGGAAUUAUGUCAUUCCCUCCCAUGGUUCCUUUUUUCUAUGGCUAAAGCCUCCACUUUUCGGCACAAAAUCGCGGUUUUUUUUGCCUAAAGUGCAAAAAUCGUAAAAUUUUUUGCAACAUAUUCUUCUUCUCCCUAUCAAGGAGUAGUGUGCCAAAAAUUUUGUUUCAUGCCUUUCAGGCUGUUCUGAAUUAGUAAAUUUCGUAUUCUCGUUGCGACAAGCAAACCGAUGGUCAAUAUGACAAUUACUGUUUAUUAUUGUACAAGCCGGAUAACAACUUUUUAUUAACAAGCAUCAAUUUAACGCCAUGUAGUUGAGUGGUGAUCAAAAGUUUCUUCAUUUCACGUCUGAGAACGAAAUUUCCUAAUUCAGAACAGCCUGAAAGGCAUGAAACAAAAUUUUUGGAACACUACUCCUUGAUAGGGAGAAGAAGAAUAUGUUGCAAAAAAUUUUUCGAUUUUUGCACUUUAGGCAAAAAAAACCGCGAUUUUGUGCCGAAAAGUGGAGGCUUUAGCCAUAGAAAAAAGGAACCAUGGGAGGGAAUGACAUAAUUCCCAACUAUGUUAUACAGCAUCAAAUUUCCUACAAAAUAGGAACUUUCGUUUUUUCAAAAGUGUACGGUAAAGUGCAGUUCUGAGGCAUCAAAAGUAAGAAAUACCAGUUUUUAAAUCAUUUUUCCCGGCCUUUGUAAGCCGUUAAAAUCCUUAAAAUUUGCAUAAUCUCAGAGAGUGACAUGUGUUUUAUCGCUCUGAUAUUUUUCCGCACUUUAUUACGCCUUGUCUGAGGCGCCUCGGGCUGUUAAAAAAAUCAUUACAAAAAAAUUCGCUUUUUUGACGCCGGAUUUUGCCCACAAAAAAGUUCGGAAUGAUGUGCCAUGGACAAAUUGCCAGCGUAAAAUUGCGGUGGGCAUAUCAUUUUGUCCAGCAGUGUAUGUGAUGAUCGCCUAAAACAACAUAAUUUAAUUUUUAGGAACAGUGUGAACUCGAAAUCCUGGAAACCCUGACUGUCGAAGACGCCGCAGAGUGUUGGUUGUUGGCUUCGAAGCUCAAACUUCCGCGGGCCUUCUUGAAGUGCAACCAAUUUCUCUAUGAAAACUUCGAAGACUUCGACGAACAUCUCAUUUCUUUGUGUCCGGAGUCGAUUGAGCUUUCUUCGUGUUUAAGUGGCCACAUGAGUGCUAAACUCACCAUCAACAAUGACAGUGAUAUGGAGAUUGCGUUCAAGUUGUACACAGUCGAGCCUUUGACGUCCCGGAUGAACUUCAAAGUCGUUGGCCCAAAUGAGGAAUUGGAACUUCCUGCCGGCACAAUCGUGCUCCCAAGUUCCACUGGCACGGGACUUGUUUGUUAUGCUCCCUAUACCAAUGAGCCUGUAGAUUACAAUCAGCUCCAUCUUCUUCCUAACGCCCGUUUUAUUACGGUUGAAAUUUUAAAGAGGAAAAUGGGAGGAUCCUGA